AUGGUAACAGAAAAAGUAACAAUCGCACCCUUGGUCCUUCUUUCUGUAGUGGACCACUACAGGAGAGUGCCAGCCUCCAGGGUCGUUGGUGUUCUUCUAGGAUCAGCCAAUGGCUCUGUAAUCAACAUAACAAAUAGCUUCGCAAUCCCUUUUGAGGAAAAGGAAAACAGCUUCUUUUUUGAUUCAAGCUAUUUACAAAAUAUGUUUGAACUGUUUUACAAAGUAAACUGUGCAGAAAAGAUUGUUGGAUGGUACCAUUCUGGUCCUAAAAUGCAUAAAAAUGAUUUGGACAUCUCAAAGGCCUUUAGAAAAUACUGUGAGAAUCCCGUCUUGGCCAUAGUGGAUGUGCAGAUGAAGGCUAGUGACAUUCCAGUUCAGAUUUUCCAGCUAAGGUUUUGCAAACAGCUAGACCAUCUUAACGUACAGAUCGGUGCAGACGAGACUGAAGAAGUGGGUGUGGAACAUCUUUUACGCGACAUAAAGGAGGGGACUGGAUGUAGCCUUAAAGAUCGUGUGGAGGAAAUCAAGGAUAGUCUUAAGAUGUACAAAUCUAGUCUUGAUCAAAUCAUACAAUACUUUGAUCAAAUAGAGCAAGGGCUGAAGCCUGAUUACAAAAUUCUAGAAGUUUUCCAAGAAAUCAUCAACGCAAUUCCAAAGAUCGUACAGCACAUGGAUAUGAGUAAAAUAUACUCUCUUGAGCUACUAAAUACAUUUAUUUCCAUGAACGAUCUUCAUAGAAAUCGACUAGAAAAUCAAUAA